AUGAAGCAGCUCGUCUUUCUAUUCCUCGCUGUGAUACUGGCAGCACAAAAGGUGAGGACUGCGGAGCUACCAGCUGGCAGCCAGCUGGCGGCAGCGCAAACCGUACGUUCCGCUGGGAACCGGAGGCUGUUACAAGACACAGUCGUGAGUGACUACACCGCAUGGUGCACUGCGUCUCGCGACACCACGCCAUCCUAUUAUGGAACCUUUACGCCGGCCUACGUGUUUUUACCCUACGACGUAAUCAUACUGCAAGCAGCAGUCGACCCCUGCAACUCUGCCGUGUUCAACAUCAAUGGCCAGGACGUCAAGCUUCCCGCUAUAGUCACAGGUUCUGUAACAGAAACGGCGCUUUUAGACGGAAGACGGGUGACGGUCGCCAGGCUCCAAGUUUCCGGCGUCUUCGCUCCAAUGGUUGGAGCUCCAAUCGACGACCUCGACGUGUAUGCCGUCAGCAUCCUUGGCGUCGACUACUUCGGGGCCGAAUUUGAUGAUCCGAUCCAACAUGCUCUUGUGACGUCAGGCUUCUCCAAG